AUGAAAUAAGCGGAAAAUAUGUUUGAUUAAUUUUCUAAUCAAACAGACAUUUUAUAAUGCAGUGCCUCUAAAUUCUUAGUAAAUAUAAGAAUACUUUUUGAUCAUGUAAUGCUAAGCUAAGAAAACUAUUUAUAAGGAGGAUAAGGAAUUAAGUAUGAAACGAUUAUUCAAAUCCAUGAAUAAAACUGCAAAAAUCGCAACUAAUCUUGCUUUUGUAGCAAGUACAGAAGAUCUAAUGAUAAUUAAACUUUAAAGAUAGAAGAAUUUUAAGCUUAACAAUUUAGAAUAGAAUAUGCUAACAAAGUUAUUUUAGAAUUAUUUGAAAUUUAUAUUCACAGUAAUCACUAAAAUGAUAACCUUAGUUAAUUAAAAUUAUCACAUUUAAACUACCUUUAUGAUAUUAUCAAUGAUCCAGUUAGAGUUCUUGUAUAUCUUUAACAAAUGUCUAUAAGCUAUUUGAAUGAUCAAAAUAUUGGACUUAAUGAGAAGUUUUAUUUUUAAUCUCUAAAGGAAUAAAUUUUAAGCGAUUAUUAAAUGAAAAUAUUUGAUUCUAACAUAGAAAAUUAAAAUAUAAAUAUGAUGGAGGUCAUUCUAUUUGAUGAAAAAAUUAAUGUCUUAAAAGAAAAGAUGCAAAAAGUUUUAUUUAAAGUUGGUCAUUUUUAUGAUUUUUUAUGUGGAAAUUUUAUUUGCUUAGAUGAUUUAGAAAGUAUGUAUUCCCCUUUAAUAAAUUUAAAAAAAGAAUUAGAAUAAAUCAUAAUUGAUUUGUUUUAAAUAAAUUCCGAAGACUUAGAUCUUUAAUAUCUAACAAGCAUUUAUACAUAGCUCUUAGAUUUCUAAAAUAGAAGAAUAAAAGAAUUUUAGGAAACUGCUAAAUAAAUUUCAAUAAGGAACUCUAAUAAGUAAAAAAAAGUUAUCUAAAUCAAUUAAGAAUUGUCUAAAACAUGCGUUUUAUUCACUUCUUUGAUUGGAAAAGACUUCUUAGUUAAUAAAUCUACAAACCAAUUUAAAAAAAUAUUUGGAUAUGAUUCUGAUUACAUUCAAGGAAAGCCAUUAAACCUUUUAAUCCCAAAUAUGUUAAAAAAACAUCAUAAUUAAAUGAUUUAAUAAUUUAUUGAUGAGCAAUCUAUGAAUAUUAUCAUCUAAGGAGAGAGAAAUGUGUUUGCAUAGGAUAAAAAUGGAUUUGUUUUUCCUAUUAGCUUGAGGAUUAAGAUACAAGUUUUUGAAAAUGAUUUCGGAGUUUGCUCCUUAAUUCAAAAAUAAAAAUAAGUUUUUUCUUAUAUGUUCUUUGAAAACUAAGGAAUAGUUACUGAUUUUUCUAAGAAAAUAUUUCUUGACAUAUUUUAAUCUCAUGGCUAUAAAAUUGGUACAUAAUUUAACAUAUUUGACCUGGUUCCCUCUCUUGAGAGCAUAGUUCAGACUAAAUAGUUAAACAAAGAAAGUAAUGGCUUCUUAAUUAUAAAAGAUUCAUCAAACUUAGUACCUUAUCAAAAAUAAACUCCUCUCGAAAAUUAUGUUUAAUCACCUAAAAAUAUUAAUAAUUAUUUUACUUUAAGUGAUCAGGUUUUUCAUAUCAAGUUUAAAUAUUUUAAAUAUUCUACCAAGAACUAAGUUGAUGCCAACUACAUUUAAAUAAUUUCUUAUCAAAAGGAGACUUGCCCAGUUAAAAAAAUGUUUAUCUUAGAUGAGUUGAAUAAAUAGAAAAUUUUGAAAGAAUCUUAAAGUUUUUAAAAAAAUGAUGAAAAUUAAUAAAGCUUAGAUAUUUUAAAUUCAUUGUAACAACAAUUUUUUUCUACUCGUGAUUUCUCAUAAAUAAUUGAAAAUUAAGAUUUAAUAAAUAUUAAUAUUAAAGAAGAUUGCUUAAAUAGCUUAUAAAAAUAAUAAAGUAAAACAGAUAAAACUCUAAACUUAAAAGAAAUAUACAAACUUCAACAUUAAAGCAAUUAUUUGCAUUAAAAACAAUUACAAGACUUAAGAUUUUAAAAAAAUUUUGAAAAUCAAACUAUAAAUACCUACCUCAAAUAGAAUGAUAUAAAAUACAUCAUUUCAAGUGGAGUAUAUGAUAAAUAAAACUAAGAACUAUAAUAUUAAACAAUAAACUCUCCAGUAGGAGUUUCAACAAACUUAAUUGAAUAUCCAGAGAUGAUUUUAUCACCUAUAAUUUUAAGCCAAGAAAGACAAUAAAUUCUCAUAAAACCAGACGAGCAAUUAGAUUCUAUGCUUUAGCUUAAUUAAUAAAAUUAAUUAGAUUGUUAAAAUUUUUAAGAGACAUCAUUAAUCAAGAAUUCUUCUCACAGAAAACUGAACAAAAUUUUCAACAAAAAAAACAAAAAUGUAAUCGAAAAUAAUAGCCUUAGUAUAACAAGUAACUCCUGUAAUCCAUUUAAAGAAGAGAGUCUUGGCGAUGGUUUUCCAUAUGAACAAAAAAAUAAAAAUUUUAAAGAAUAAGAAGAAUUAAGGGAUGAAUUAAAAAACGAAAUAGCUAGUGUUAACUCUAGCAAAUUCAGUACUGAAGAAAUUAUGAAAAGAAAAAUGAUUUAAAAAAUUAAAAAAACAGAAUUUACUAAAGGACUCUAUUUAAUGAAUAUCUCUGGAUUUUUAGCUUUUAUCAUUCUUAGUAUAGUAUCUUUAAUUAUUUAUUUUUAGAAUUUAAAUAGCUUAGACUCAUUUAUUCACUCAUUUUUGAAAAUUGAUGAUGCUAUAUAUUGCUUUAUAGAUGUAAUGAAUCUACUGGGUAUAAGUAACUACUAAAGUUUAAUGGGAUUCAGCUAAUCCUUUAUUUUAGACAGUCUAGAUCUUUAAAAGAAUGAAUAUAAUUAAACUGAUUAUCAGUAAUAAGUAAUAUUAUAAGACUAUAAUUCUAACUUUUAAAAACUUGUUUUGGAUAAUGACAGUGGUGACUAACUUUAUGAUUUGCAAAACAACAUGUUUUAAAUUCAAAUUUAUGCAGCUGGAUUUUACAACAAUGCAUAAGGACAACAAAAUUAAAUAACCACUUUUCAGCAAAGUCUAUAAUACACCUUAGGCGAGUUUUUCUAUGAAAUAGCAUUAUAUUAUCUCAAUUAUGAGGAACAGUAAGAAGAUUUUAUAUGGGGAAAUAUCUAUAACUUCAAGCAAAGAAUGAAAAAUUUACAAUUAAUUGUCUAAAAUUAUGCCAAAGAUCAAUUCAACAACAUGAAUUUAUAUUAAACAUUUGCAAUAAUUUUAUUUGCAAUCAUAAGCACUAUUCUAAUUUUUUCAAUAUUACCUCUAUUCGCUGUGAUUCAAGUUUAAAAGGAAAAGAUUUUAAAAUUAUUUGGUACAUUUUCUCCUUCUAUUAUUGAGUCUCAAAUCAAAUAAAUUGAGCUUGGUCUAUUUAAAAUUGAAUAAAAUAGCUUGUAAGGAUAAAUUGAUAGUAGUGCAAAUAUGCAUAAAAAAAAUUUAAUUUAAAAAAAGUGUGUAAAAAAAAUAUUAGAUUUUAAUUUUAAUUCAAAUUAACACAUUGACGAAGCAUAAAAGAAUUUAAAUAUGUCAUUAAUCAAUUAAAUUCCUAGAUAUAUUCCAAGAUAACUAGAUAAAAGGAACAGAUAAAUGGCUUCUUUUAGUAAUGUUAAGAAAUUUAACUUAAUCUUGUUUUUAUUUGGGAUAGUUGCUGUAGCACUUCUUAUAAUAAUACCUAUUUUAAAUUUAGUAGUAUUUAAUCCUUUCCAAAUUGAAUCAAAAGCCACGCUACAAGAUAGAAUUUCUUUAAUUGAUAUUUUUUCAUUAAUAAUUGAAAACUUGUCUCCUAAUAUGGAAUAAAUAUAUCUAAUUUUUUCAAGCUCACCUACUUCUACUUCAUAUUAUUAAACCUACUUAUAAGAUCUAUAAAAUUAAAACUCAGAAUCCUUUUAAUUUCUGUAAGAUUUGACUUCUGAUUUUUAGGGAAAAAGAAAUAAUUAAGGCAUGUAUGUGGAUUUUUACUAGAAUUUGUUAAAUUCAAAUGUAUGCCAAGUGAGAUAAAAUUAUCCUUAAUAUUUUAACUCUAAUAUAACUGAAUCAAACUGCAAUAACUUAUUUAAUGGAAUAUUAUAAAGAGGAUUAAUAUUUUCAGUUUAAAAGGUGUUCUAAACAUUUUAAGAAUUGUAUCAGAUUUAUUCAAUUUAAGAUAUCAACUAAGUUACAGAUGAAUUCAUUUACUUCCAAACUUACUACAAUCAUAUGAAAAUUAAUUGA